AUGUUUCAUUUGGCUUUGUCUCAGGUGGCGGUAACUGUUCCUGUUGGCAGCGAUUUGUCUCUCAAAAGAUCUGCGUUGAAGGCCCCUAGCUUAAACUUUUGGGAUAAGUCAUGGGCACCAGUGUUAACUUUGGACUUGAAGGCAAACAACUCUUGUUUAAGAAGUCGGAAUGUGGUAUGCAUGUCAGUGCAGCAAGCAAGUGUACCCAAAGUUUCUGUCUCACCUUUAGAGCUGGAAGAUGCUGAAGAACCUCCAUUGAACUUGUACAAGCCUAAAGAACCCUAUACAGCAACAAUUGUUUCCGUUGAGCGGGUAGUAGGACUGAAGGCUCCUGGGGAAACUUGUCAUAUUGUGAUUGAUCAUGGUGGAAAUGUUCCAUACUGGGAAGGCCAGAGUUAUGGUGUUAUUCCUCCUGGUGAGAAUCCAAAGAAACCUGGGGCUCCCCAUAAUGUUCGACUAUAUUCAAUUGCUUCCACAAGGUAUGGAGACUUUUUUGAUGGUAAAACAGCCAGCUUGUGUGUGCGUCGUGCUGUUUACUAUGAUCCUGAGACAGGAAAGGAAGAUCCGUCCAAGAAUGGCAUUUGUAGUAAUUUUCUGUGUAACUCAAAGCCUGGAGACAAAAUUAAGAUCACAGGUCCUUCAGGGAAGAUAAUGCUUUUGCCUGAGGAUGACCCUAAUGCUACCCAUAUAAUGAUUGCCACUGGCACUGGUGUUGCUCCAUUCAGAGGCUAUCUACGCCGAAUGUUCAUGGAAUCUGUCCCUACAUACAAGUUUGGUGGACUAGCUUGGCUUUUCCUUGGCGUUGCUAACUCUGACAGUCUUCUCUAUGAUGAUGAAUUCAGUAAAUACCUCAAGGAUUAUCCAAAUAAUUUCCGCUAUGAUCGAGCACUUAGCAGAGAACAAAAGAACAAGAAUGGCGGAAAAAUGUAUGUUCAGGAUAAGAUUGAGGAGUAUAGUGAUGAAAUCUUUAAACUCCUGGAUAAUGGGGCCCACAUUUAUUUCUGUGGUCUAAAAGGGAUGAUGCCUGGGAUCCAAGACACACUGAAGAGGGUUGCUGAGCAAAGAGGAGAAAGUUGGGGAGAGAAGCUUUCUCAACUCAAGAAGAACAAACAAUGGCAUGUUGAAGUUUACUGA